AUGAACAACUCAAGAGCUGCUCCGGAUAGCUACGGUACAAAUGGCGCCGAUCCUCCCGUCCUGCCUGUCGCCGCGUCUCAGCUUCAGAUUAUCUUCGAAUGGGUUGGCCUCCUUCCACUAGCAAUCUACCUCUCCGGUAGUGGCUUGUCUCAUUGGUUAGUUGGACAGACAUCGCUUGCAGGAUUCAUCGGUGUGAGCCUCUUCCCCCGGUUGGGUAUUCUGGACAACCUUGCUGCCUUCUUGCAUGAAAGUGCCAACUUUCUCGAUCGUGCUUCGUCCGUCAGCGAGCUGCGGCACACUGUCUGGGACGCCAAUUGGGGCAGCGUCUUCCCCUGCGCAAACGGAGCUGCAAGCGAUAUACUCACAAGAUAUGUCAUUCCCACAGCUCGCGAUAUUGAGAUCCCAACUGACUUGGCCGCCCUGAUCGCUGCCGAUGAACUUGGUCGCAAUUCGGAAAAAGGAAAAGGCAAUGCCGUUACCGCGGAGGCAAGCAACAAUUCAACGAGCCAUACGAAUGAAGAUGCUGGAGGCUCUCAGUUCCGCCGCUAUCAAACCUUGUAUAUUCUGGAUUGCACAAUUGAUGCCGCCAAAAGAAAGAAUAAAAGCCCCUCCGCUACGUGCUUAUUUUUUCUCAUGGAGGUUCUAUUCAUUCUUUCUUUACUUGGCGCUUGUGUCUCAACAAUCCUGUUCGGUCUAUACGGGACUGCCGCAGCCAUUCUCAUCAGCAUCGCUUUCCGUGUGGCACGGCAGUGCAUCAAAGUCAUCACGCCCCCAAGAUACCUGGAAAGUAAUGAAGCUAACCAUGCUGAUGCCUACAUGCUCACAGCGAUACAUGAGAACUCAUCAACCUGGUAUCUCUUCAGAGGAUCCCGGGCAGUCGUUGAUGGGCUUCUCAACAAACCUAUGAUCUUGGACAUCACAGCACGUCACAAAACGACAGUGGCACUCGCACUGCGCGGGCUCGCUGCCUUACAGCUUCUUGCCAUGACGUAUGUCGCGGCACAGAAAGGCUGGGAUGGUGUAGGCUUGUUGGUUCUCAUCGCUGUAGCGCGGACGCUUGACUACGCACUUUAUAACGACGAUAGAUUGGCGGCAACUUGGCUUCGGCGGGAGUGUGUUGGUAUGAAAGCAUGGAAGUGCCAGUUUAGUGGACGCACGCCCAUGCUCGGCACUAUCCAGCUACUCAAGUCGAACGCAAUUUCGAGUUGGAUGAACCAGAUUCUGGCCCCUUCGAACCGCCGCGAGGCUUGGUUGGAGAUGUUACCGUUGGAUUGCCCUGAUUUCGAAACUUUGGAGUCAAAGCAUACAUUGACUGGAGAGAGCGACCAGACUUGGGUGAGGAACAAUUGGUUGCUUACACGCGCUGCAGUGAAAGCUAUUAGGGUCGCCACAGGCGAGGGCGCUGCGUGA